CUCUUCCCCUCUCGUCUCCUCUCCUCUGCACAUGCCAUUCAAGAACAGCUGUCUAUGCUCUACAAAAACUGACACGGACACACCAUCUACAGAGUUUGGUCUGAAAUCACAGGCCAGGACCAUUUACAAUCUUUAUUCAGGUCUAUAGCUGGGAGCCUGGGACAGAAGCACCAGCCAUGUGAGAAACACAAGGUUUACUCAGGGUCAGAAAGGAGUGGUGAGACCCACAGAGAUCCUAUUCAAUUAAGUUAUUCUAUGGUGAGACCUGUCGAUCUGAGAGCAGUGAUCUCUGUGAUGUCACCAGCAGGUGGAAGCAGAUCACUCAUUGACAUCUUCCACUGAGUUCCUCACUAGCCAAAGGACCAAAGACAGCUAAGGGACAUGUUCCAAACCAAACCCUGGCCCCUUCACACAGGUUCUUAUUAUAGAUCUAAGAGGAGUGGGUGUGUGGAAACGCAAUGUAUUCCUGAUUCCUAUUCAAAAUCUUUUGAUUUGGAUUUGGGAAGAGAAUAUCCUAGUCAGGUGAAUGCAGUCAGUCAGUGUGGUUCAGUUCCUUGGUUCCACUGGUUUAUUCAGUGAAGUAUGAAUAUAGUUAUAUAAGUACGUAAUAAUGUUGACAUCCCUCUGUUACAGAAUUUAUGGGAGUCUUUUAUACUGCAGUCUAACCUGCCUCUUUCUUUUUUCUCCCUUUGUUGGGGUCAUGUCAGAACCUGCCAAGUUUACUGGAAAACUAUGCCAAAUGUUCUACUAUAGGUUAGUACACUCGAUGGACUACACUCGAUGGACUACACUCGAUGGAUAGACUACACUCGAUGGAUAGACUACACUCGAUGGACUACACUCGAUGGAUAGACUACACUCGAUGGAUGGACUACACUCAAUGGAUACCCUACACUCGAUGGAUAGACUACACUCGAUGGAUACCCUACACUCGAUGGACUACACUCGAUGGAUAGACUACACUCGAUGGAUGGACUACACUCGAUGGAUAGACUACACUCAAUGGAUAGACUACACUCGAUGGAUGGACUACACUCAAUGGAUACCCUACACUCGAUGGAUAGACUACACUCGAUGGAUACCCUACACUCGAUGGACUACACUCGAUGGAUAGACUACACUCGAUGGAUAGACUACACUCGAUGGAUACCCUACACUCGAUGGACUACACUCGAUGGAUGGACUACACUCGAUGGAUAGACUACACUCGAUGGAUACCCUACACUCGAUGGACUACACUCGAUGGAUAGACUACACUCGAUGGAUGGACUACACUCAAUGGAUACCCUACACUCGAUGGAUAGACUACACUCGAUGGAUGGACUACACUCAAUGGAUACCCUACACUCGAUGGAUAGACUACACUCGAUGGAUACCCUACACUCGAUGGACUACACUCGAUGGAUAGACUACACUCGAUGGAUACCCUACACUCGAUGGACUACACUCGAUGGAUGGACUACACUCGAUGGAUAGACUACACUCAAUGGAUAGACUACACUCGAUGGAUAGACUACACUCGAUGGAUAGACUACACUCGAUGGAUAGACUACACUCGAUGGAUAGACUACACUCGAUGGAUAGACUACACUCGAUGGAUAGACUACACUCGAUGGAUAGACUACACUCGAUGGAUAGACUACACUCGAUGGAUAGACUACACUCACUGGGUUAAAAUGACAAUCAACAUACAAUGAAAGAUAGUCUAUGACACAAUGCUGAAUAUUUACAUUCACUUAUCUGAAGAUACUUACAAUUACAUUUCACUGAAACUCGAGGCCAAGUCUUGAGGUUUUAUGCUUGGUAUCUGUAGACCACGUUGUGACAACUGCUGAUGUAAAACGGGAUUUAUAAAAUUAAAUACAUGUGAUUGAUUGAAUGAAUCUUCAAGUGGCAGCUACACUCAUCAUACCUCAUCCUACCUCUCCACUUCGAGCCGCGUGUAUGAGUUCCAUGGGCGUGUGCACGCAGAGUCCUAUCCCUCCUCUCCCUCUAUAUACAGUACCGUUAAAACUUUCCUCCAAUCAGUGUAGCUCUAAUAACCAAGUGGAGUUUGUCCCGUACCUUUUGUUCACUUUCACUCGGGUUUGGUUUGGCACAGUAUGAGGUGUUGGUCCUAGUGAUUCGGUAUUGUCUUUAUGCAAACAGUUCCUUUCACCGACAGCAUGCCUAUUGUCACAGUCAUGGUUUAUAUGGAGGCAGCGGUGGAUGUGAGGAUUACAUCAGUUUGAGGAGCGCUGAUCCAGGCUGUGUUUCUCUCUGAGCCCCUGACAGCGCCGUCUCAGCCAUGAGUUGUCUGGAUGUGAUGUUUUACCAGAGUUAUGGAGCUCACUAUCUCCCUGCGUCUUCAGCAGCAGCGGCAGCAGCCUACAAAGCGGCAUACUACCAUCAUCAACAGCACCAGCAGCAGAAGAAGCUGGGUGUGUACAGCAGGAUGCAGCAGGACAGCGAAGAGCAGCACUGUCCAGGGGGGAGACAGCAACAGCAGCGUGGGGGAGGAGGGGGGAGACUGGCAGGGGAGCAUUGGGUCCAACGGGGUCUGGAGGGUUCUGGGCUGAGGGGCUGUGGGGGUACUGGGAAGGACAGCCAGCCUGCUGAGGCAGAGUACCUGAGCUCCAGGUGUGUUCUGUUCACCUAUUUCCAUGGUGACAUUGGGGAUGUGGUGGAUGAACAUUUCUCUAGGGCUCUGAACCAAACCAGUGCCUUCACUGGAGAGAUGAAGACGUCUAGGACCACCCCCAUGCACACCUCUGCCUCGGUUGGACUGUGGAAAGACAGUGUAUCUCUCUCGGAGGCCCAGUGUGGUUCCCUGUCCUCCUCUCUGUGGGGUGGAGGUUACCCGUCCCAGACCAGCCCCUGUCUCUCCGUCCACCCAGACUUCUCCCCCAGCCCAGCAGCCUUCCAUGCACCAGACAGUGCGCUGUGGACUGGCCACGUUCUGCCCCAGCCCAGCCUCCCUCCUACAGCUUCUCUCCCAGACCCCUGGGCCUACAGCCGCAACCCUCAGACAUCCGCCAGCUACACACACGCCCACAAUGUCUACACACACACACACCCUCACACACACAUGUACCCCCACCACACCCACCCGGUCAUACAUCCCCACCCGUCCCAUGACCCAGGCCUAGACCCCAGGUUCAGCCCUCUGCUCCUGCCUGGUGUGAAGACUCAGAGCCCCCUAGCCCACAGCCCUGCUGGACAUAGCACACACAGUAACACACACAGUAACACACACAGCAGCCAGAGCCCAGGGAUACACAGUGGUGUGAAGAUAGAGGUGGAGCAGGCCAGCCCCAACCCCCCCACCCUGACCCCCCCAGCCUGGCCCGCAGCUCUACACACACCCUUGGAUACCUACGACUCAGGUCUGGAUCAGGACAAAGUCAAUACUGUUUGGUUCUGAGAGAGAGGAUAUGACAUCACUGUGACAUCACCCUGGCACUGAGCUGUGACCAGCUCUAACAGAACCCCCUGGAACCACAACACAUUUCCUGUGUACUCACUCUCAAGUAGAAGACUCUCCGCUCACUAGAAAAAGUCCAGGGUGGGUUUACAGAUGUAGGAUCUUAAUUUGAUCAUUCUUUUAUUGAUAAGAAUUUUACUGCAAAGCAGGAAAUGCAAACUUGUAGAGUAUUUCAGUUUUAAAAAGGCUUCUAAAGUUUGUAAUUUCCACUUUGAGGUUUUAGACUUAAUUUUCCCUAAUGAAUGAAAUGUAUAAACCCCUACAAACAUGUCAAUUUAUUAUAAUCCAGAUAAUAAUUCACAUUUCCUGUUGCUGCAGGAUUAUUUUACUGCUGUAGCAAACUUUCUCAAAUUAAGAUCCUACAUCUGUAGGUCUUUUAGAAAGCACUGGAGAAGCCUAGACCACUCUCCAUGCCUCACACCACUCACCAGGGAUACUUCUGAUCACUUCUUGGCCAAAUAUUUUUCAAAUUUGUACCAAAAGUAUUAGCUGGCUGUUUCGGACCUAAUAUACCACAUGAUCGUUCUGUUUAAAGAACUUAGUUUGUGGGAACACUGCUCAGCCAAGCCUCUUUCUGAUAUUUUUUUUACUUCGUGCUAUGUGUGUAACUAUGUGUGUAAUUGACUGUAAUAUAUUUUGUAUAUAGUACUUUAAUUUGAUGUGAUUGUCAUUUCCUUAAAGUGUUUGAUUGUUGCUAAUUGUUUUUCACCAACCCUGUGUUGUCAUGUUGCCUAGUAUUCUAUAUGUGCGGAGAAAUCAUGUAAUUACUGAUGUGUAAUAAAUUGCUAAGUUCUAUUGGCAAACAUUUCCUCAUCUUUAA